AUGCCGCCAUCACCAGAAAUAAUACCAGUGCAAGACACCGCACCACCAAUUAACCCAUCCAAAAAGACCACAGCACCCAAGACCAACCAGCCAACUCCAAACAACGCAGCAGAGCCCUACUCCGCCUUCCCGCAAUCCACCCGCACCUACCUAACCUACAUCCUCGGCAUAAUCCAACUAAUCUCCACCCUAACAACAACAAUCUACUUCCCGCUCAUCCCCACCCUCAGCACCCACUUCUCCGUCUCCAUCCAAGCCAUCAACUUAACCAUUCCUAUGGCCGCCGACCCGUACUACUCGGUCUCGUUACUAUGUACACGCUAG